GAGACCUUGACUUUACCUCAACGCCGGCGCUCUUAUUGACUUCAGUCACAUGGCUACUAAACUAAAGUUCAAACUAGCUGAUAAGUUUCAGCCUUGCUUUAACUCUCAAUAUCCAAUCUUCCACACCAAGUCAGGAAAAAUUUAUUGUGGAAGAGAUGUUGACGACUCAUUGUGUAUAAAUGUACUAGAUAAAAAUUCGUUCGCUUUGGUCAACAGAAUUCGGGAUGAUGAGGUUAUCACAUCUUUCGUUGUCAAUGAAGCUGGAUCGGAGAUAUUUAUUGCUACUAAGAACUUGCUUUUAAAACGUCUUGAUAGCCUUUCACUAAGGCCCACAAAAGUAUGGAUGUCUUGUCAUCAAAGAAUCGUGCAGAAAAUGGCUCUCAACAAAAUUUCAACACGAUUAGCUACCGGUUCCGGAGAUAUGGUUGUUAGAUUAUGGCAUAUUGGUCCAAAGGAGGGCUUCUCAACAAGCUGUCGACUGCACCAGGGAAUGAUAACACUACUGAAAUUCCAUCCGACAUUACCGUACCUUUUCUCAUCAUCAGUGGGUGAUCACUUUGUAGCUGUGUGGGACACUGAGACUGGAAAACAUGUCUCUUCUCUAGAAGGUCAUCAAAGCAUUGUUUCAAGUUUGGACUUCAAUGUAGGAAAGAAUGAAUUAGUUACAUGUGGGCGCGAUAAAGUUAUUAUUGUCUGGUCGUUCGUAGACUUCACAAAACAAAAAGUCAUACCUACCUUUGAAAGCUUAGAAGCUUGUACUUUCCUUCCUGUUGGCGCAUUAACAAAUCACUUGGGUCACACGUUUUCUGAAAGCAAUACUUCUUUAUUGUUGACUGGAGGUCAGUGGGGCUGUUUGCGUUGCUGGGAUGUAGAUACUGGGCGUUGUGUAUUAGAGAUCAAAGGUCCCCUAGAUCGGACUCCUCAGUCUGAUUCUGGUAGUUCCGCUGCGUUAGAUCGCCACUCAAUUGAUUAUGGACUUCAUUCCAUCAGUCAUUUGAAUGUAUACAAUAUAAAAGACAGUAAUGAUAAUGUGUUGGAUGAAAGUGAAAACUCAUCCUUACGAUUAAUUCUUGUGCGUCAAAGUAAUCAUGUUGAAUUUUAUGACCCAAUGGUCGGCAAAUUAACGGCUGAGUUUUUAGGUGAUAUUGGACAAGUUGAUCAAUUAUGCAUUGUAGGCAAAAAUCACAAUUAUCUCAUUCUAGCUGAUGCGUCACCUCAUAUGAAAAUUUUCCUAAAUCCAUAUGGGCUCAGUUUAAAGGGAAAAAAUACAACUGAAGAUAAUCUUAAUAGUAAAACAAAUAGUUCAUGGAAAUGUCAUCUUAUUCCCGGGGGUCAUACUGAUGUGAUUAUGGAUUUGACUGUAUCCAUAUGUGGUCAAUGGAUUGCAAGUGGUUCUAAAGAUCAGUCUGUUUGUUUAUGGCAUUUAAUAGAAUCAGAAGAUUCAACAUCGUCGUCAUUACAUAAAUCUAAGAAUGUUCCUGUCAGAUUGGAUCUUAUUACUCAAAUUCAUAAGGCACAUGCUGCUCAUAUCAGUUCUGUUUGUUUUGAUAGAUUGACAACACAUCUUAUAUCUAGUUCAGAAGACGGUAUUUUAAAAGUUUGGAAUGUUCAGUGUAAUAACUUAGAUAAACCAGAUACUGUGUUAUCAGAAUUAAACACAAUUCACGGAGCCCAUGGCGGAGUAAUCAAUUCAAUUGAUGUUUCCGUUGAUAAUCGUCUUGUUGCUACUGCGUCACGUGAUAAAACUGUCAAGAUAUGGGAAUUUAAAAAACAAAGUUUACAUUGUCAAGGGGUUCUUCAGGGUCACCGUAGAGGUGUUUGGUCUGUUUGCUUUUCAAAAUUUGAGAAAAUUGUACUUACUGCUUCGGGUGAUGGAGAUGUGAGAUUGUGGAAUUUGAAAGAUUUCUCAUGUAUCCGUACAUUGGAAGGCCAUGAUCAACCAGUGUAUAAGGCAGUUUUCCUUUCUCACGAUAAACAAAUAUUAUCAUGCGAUCAGAAAGGAUUAAUAAGAUUGUGGAAUAUAUCUAAACCACCUAAAAAUAAUCAAGAAAAAGCAGAAAAUUUUGAUAAACCAUCCUCUGAAGAAACUUCAUCUUUAGUUUAUGAAGCACAUGAUGGAAGAAUAUGGUCAUUAGCUAUUUGCCCUGAUGAAUCAGGUUUUUUCACUGGUGGUGAAGAUGAAACAUUGUGUUAUUUUGAAGAUAUUACAGAAAUAUUGCUGAAUGAAACAUCACAACAGCAAGAGGAAUAUAUUCAAGCACAACAAGAAUUGGAUAAUCUUGUACAUAAACAAAUGUAUGCCGAUGCUGUUCAUUUGGCUGUCAAAUUAGACCAACCCAAGCGAACAUUAGACAUACUACAGGAACUUUUGACUCAAGAUCAUGUCAAACAGACUUGCAAAGAUAAUCAAAGUAUCAAAUAUCCAACACAAGCUGCGAACUUAUUGUCAGUACUUGAUGAUUUUGUAAAUAAAAGUCACAGUGAAAAUAUUAAUGAUUCACUUAGUUUAAUUCAACGACUUUUAUCUUAUGCUAUCAACUGGAAUACAAGAACUAGAACAUCAAUGAUAAGUCAGUUUAUAUUAAAUUGGAUUCUAACACGAUGGAAACCUGAAGAAUUACUUGAAUGGCCAAAUUUUAGUCAAGCGAUACAAUAUCUCCUUCCGUAUACAACUCGUCAUUAUCAACGUAUAUGUAGAUUAGAAGAACAACUGGCAAUUUUAAACUAUAUUUCUGAAGUGACUGAUGAACAUUUAAUUUCUACUAAUACUUUUGAUGAACCAAUGGAGUUAGACAAUGAUCAAAAUAAUUUAUCAUUUAAUUCAACUCAAAAUGUCAAUACUUCACUUCCUUAAACAAGGUAAUUAAAUUCUCUUUUAAUUCAAUGUGUAUACUAUGACAUGAUACAACUUCACCUACUGACCUCUUGAUAUGGUUGUUUUCAGUUUACUAGUAGUAUCAUACUAUAUAUACAAUGUACAGUUGUUUUGUAUUUGUGAUGGAUUGGUUCGCAAAUACCAGACAGGUUUUCUAUCAAGUUGCAGAUUUAUUGACCACAUGUCUGUUCUUCAUUGAAUGUUAAAUUAAUGAAAUCACUUAUAUUUUCCCAGAGAGAUUGUGGAUGCAUAUUGUUGAG